ACGCGAUGUGGCGAAAGGGAUGAAAGAAGAUAUGCCUUGCCUGCAUUAAGAUUUCAAACUUGUCGUCUACUUUUAGGAAAUGUUCGGAAGAGAGAACUGACAAUAAUACAACGCCGCAUUCUCCGAAACUUGAGAAACAAGAAGAGAUCUAUUAAGAGAAAGAUUUAUCCGAGAGAAAAUCUUAACAGUUACAUCCAAUCACAAACUACACGAAAGUUGCCCCUUUUUCAUGGGGAUUUACCCAUCACAGAGAUGCACAGAGGAAGAGAACGAACUUCUUAUAUCCCUUUUCCACUCAAUCCAGAAACAAGAUCGGACGUUAUUCCGGUUCGUCUCCAUUUUAGUUCAACUAUUCCUCAAGCAAGGCAGCCGAUAAGUCAUCGAAGGGUUUGUGUGAAUAAAGGAAUGGUCAAAAUUACUCAUUUUCAAGUGUCCCACGGUGAUCUAAUAUCUUUUCAAGAAAAUGAGGCGAGAAUCCGCGGUUCAGAAAUAAGGAGAUCUUUCUAUAAAGAAAUAUCAGUUGACAAAAUCAUAGGCAAAUUCCUGGAUCACCCGGUAAGAAUGUGGAGAAGAAAUAAAAGAGAAUGGUUCCACCUACUCAAAACUAAGAGGGGAUGCCGCCUACUACGAAAAUCCCGGUUUUUGCAAGAGUUGCGUUCUUCUAUGCAAGAAGAAGACUUAGAAAGAACAAAGAAGUUUGGAUCGGAAAAAGUAUGCUUAGGCAGUUCCUUCGCUGAGCACAAGAGAAUGAAGAGGAAUUUGUAUCAUUUUCAAUCCCUAUUCUUAUCGAAUAGAAGGAAGGAGAAAAACCUCAAUCUUCCUACUCGAAGAAGAAGUCCUAUAGAAAACAACUCUUCUUUCUAUAGUAAUUCGACCUAUUGCUCCGCAUCCCCCCAUCAGUUUACUAUGAAGAGCAAAAUCAAAAGUCUCUCACUACCUACUCAUUAUUCGGAGGUGAAUCAUAGAACACUAAAAGCUGUGGUAUCUUAUGGACCUAACAUAGGUCACAUCCCUCACGACAUAAGAUUGAAAGAUCCAAACCUUCCUCUUCGGAGCGGAAACGGACGUGGCCAAAACAUAUAA